AUGACGAGCUCAUGGACGAUGGGGACGAAAGGAGGUCUGGAUGCUCAAUCGCUUGCAGGAACACAGAGUCUUCGUAGUGCGCCGCGAGCCAGCGAGACUCGAUGGUUGAGCAUGAAAGAGAUCGUGGAGCAUCGGCCAAAGAUGGUUCAAUGUGUAGAGGAUGGCUCCCUCAGCAGAGUUGCGACCGCUACCUUCGGGCACUUGGCUGCAGGGACAGGACUGUUGAAUUGGAGCACGGGUGCCAUCCCGCAAUUCAUCACCCAGGUUCUUGAUCAUUUCGGCUUGCAUCCUCCGCCUGAAGGGCAGGUGUAUCAGCUCUACACCGCAUUCGACAGGGAUAAAAACGGAAGCUUGUCGCUGUCUGAGAGUCUCCGCUUGGUCGAGGCAAUCGUCCGUGCUGCUUUCAACAUCAAAUCGGACAUGGCCCGACAAAACACGUCCUCGUCGUCCUCAGUGAUGUCCUAUUCGCCAGCUGGUGACCCCGUCAAGAGACCUUCUCAGAGUGUGUUAUACCCCGGCAGCGGCACUGUGGUUUCUGCUCCACCGUUGGCACAGCUUGCCACACAGGCUCUGCCUGUGCCAAGUGGUGCACCGGUGUCGCCGGGGACUAUGAUGCCCUCAACCCGUGGGUACCGAUUGGCGCAAGAGUGGAUCGAAGGGUACAGCGUUCAGCCGCUCACGCAGACGACCAUGUCUUACACGCCCAGGAGGAGGCCUGUGGACAUCGCCGACUUCUCUGGCAAUUUCCGGGACACGGCAGAGGCUAACGCGCACAACAUGUCCAGGAUCAAGGCUUCUUUGGAGAACAUGACCCUCCUCAAGGAAGCCUUGGAGAUUUUCGGUGCGUGUGAUCACGAGAGGAAGGGCUACCUGUCCUGGGACUCUGGUGAGAUCCAGAGCUUUAUUUCCAGGGUCUUCAUGCAGCAGGGCUUGAUAUCGCCGAGAAAGGAGCAGAUCCGCGCCCUGUUUGCAGCUUUCGACCUUGAUGGCAACGGUCGUUUGGAGCCUCGGGAGUGCAUGUGCAUGGUCGAUGCCUUGGCCCGUUCAAUCAUCCUGGCGCAGCCUCCCGGAUCGCAGGCUUGGGCAGCGGGAGCAACGACUGUGCCAGCGUACAGUCUCGCGGAACAGUGGCUUGCAGAUUUCAGACCGACUGACGUCCAAGAGGGCCUAACUGUCCGCUAUUGGAUGGAGCGCAAGCCCGUUGAUCUCCGUGAACUGGCGGUCCACCUGCGGACCGUCGGGCCACACAAUGCCAGACAUAAAGCCAGGAUGAUUCAUGCCAUCGAGACUGGCGAGUUUCUGAAGGAGGCGUUUCAAGUCUUCAAGGAAUGCGACAGAGACAGGAAUGGCCAGCUGACCUGGAACGAGCGAGAGAUCCCCAAAUUCUUUGGCAAGGUUUUCCGGAAAUAUGAUCUGGUCGAGCCGAAGGAGGCAGAGCUCUACGAGAUCUACAGGAAGUAUGAUGUUGAUCAAAGCUACAGCUUGGAUGUCCGAGAGAGCUUGUGCCUCGUCGAUGCUGUCGUCCGAGCCAUGUACCUGGAUGACUCUUCACCGCGCUCCAACCGUUCGGGGAACCGCGUGUCCUUCAGCGAGGAGGUCAGCCCAGUGCAAUCUGCUGGUUCCCACGUCGAGCGUCGCAGACUGCUGAGUGACCAGGAAGCGGCAAGGCGAGUUGCCCUGCAAGAAGCGGCCGCGGAGCAACAGCUCGAGCUUUUGAUCAGGAGACGCAAUGAAGCCAUCCGAGAGCGAGACACGCUGGUGACUUUGUUCGUGGUUCUGGGAGCUUGGCGACAGUUUGCUGUGCACGAGCUCGCGGCCAGAAUGAAGGAGGAGUGGAGUUCGAAGCUUGAAGAGGCAGAGAGGAAGCUGCGCGAGGAGCAGAGGCGUUUCCAGAGCCGCUUGGAAGAUGAGCUCGACAGGCAGCGGAGCAGGGCCCUCGACACCACGACCAGUAUCGUCUCUGCUGCCGGCUAUGCGGAGGCUGCAGCACAGGCAGAGGAGGAGGCUGAGCAGCGCUUUAAGAAGGAGCGGCACCUGUGGGAGACGCGCUGUAAGGAGGAACGGGAGCGACGUGAAAGCUUGCAGGUGGCCCAGGCAGCGGCAAUUCAGAAGGCUGCAGCCGAAGCAGAGAGGAGGGCCGAAGCACGCUUCGAAGAGGAGAGACGGAUCUUUGAGCAGCGUUUGAAGGAGGAGCGCGAGAAGCGCAACCGUGCAGAAGCAGCCAAGGCACAAGCGCUGGACCACUACCUGGCCGAAGUACGGACACAGAAGAAGAAUGCCGUCCAGAAGGUCAUCGACAGCUUAUUCUCGAAGACCCGAAAGACUGCAGCGGGCGAGCUGAAGCAGAUCGCUUCUUCCUGGCUUACCAUCGCCAAGGCGGGUGCCCGGAGGAGGCGGCGUGUGGAUGCAGUCGACAAGGCGGUGAUGAGCUGGGGGCGCAAGGCGAUGUCUGGCCGUCCGGGUCCCUCUUUCAAUGCCUGGCGCGAUGUCGUGCGAGCAAGGCGGCGUGCUCGCGCAGCUGUCGGUGUUCUGGAACGACAGUGGCUUGGCGGGCGCAAAGGGCUGGUAGCUUCGUAUUUCGCGGAGUGGCGCAGUGUGUUGGACCUGAAGCACCAGACUGCGCUGAAGGCCAAGAGGCGCGCGAAGGCCCACGCACAAAUCGGCCUCUUGCUGUCCCAGUGGGAACGAGGGAAGGCGGCCGGGCUGGUCACCAGCUACAUGUCGGCUUGGAAGAGAGUCGCCGAUGCAUCAGCAAAAGUUCGAGCACGACGGUCUCGAUGCGAGGCCGUACAGCUGGCUCUGCAGAAGUGGCUGCGUGGUAGUGCCCGAGGUCUGCUUCACGAAGCCAUGCGCUUGUGGCGAAAGCUUUACGUCCGUGGCAAACAGGCAUUGCUUGUCAGCCAAUGCUUGGUAGCCUGGGAGCAGAAGGCGGAGGUUGGCCUUGUCCACACUUGUUUUGCUGCCUGGUUGAAGAUUGUCUCCGCAGCAGCGUCGAAAAAGCGCAAAGAGCGGAGUCAUGAGGCGGUCGUGUUGGCCUUGCAGAAGUGGGAGCGUGGUAGCAGGAAUGGGCUACUCCACGAGACUAUGACCCAAUGGUUCAAAGUCAGCGUGGCUCGAAGACGGCACAUUGACCUUGUCAAGAAGAGUUUGGUCUCUUGGGAGCUGGAAGCUGGAGUCUCACUGACCCACACCUGCUUCACUGCUUGGAGCAAGCUCGUGGCCGAAGCAAGGCGCCAGCAUAUCAAGCAGCACCAAACGGAAGCUGUGGCGUUGGCACUGCAGAAGUGGGAGCGCGGCAACGAGAAAGGACUGUUGCAUGAAGUCUUGGACCAGUGGUACAAGCUCUUCGUUCCAAGAUCACGCCAGGCCGCGAUGCUCAGCAGUUAUCUCGUGUCCUGGGAGAUGGAAGCAGAGGUCGGCUUGACGCAAACCUGCUUCUCCGCUUGGCGGCAUCUCGUCCAGGGGGAAGCACGGAGACGUCUCCAAGAGCGCAGCCGCGAAGGUGUGCAUCUUGCUGUACAGAAGUUCUUACUUGGCAACCAGAAGGGGUUGUUGCAUGAAGUCAUGAGUCUGUGGCAGCAUCUGUGUGCCAAGCUAGCCCAGCGCGAUCUGAUCCUGAAGAAGUACUUGGUGUCCUUCGAGAUGGAGACGGGGGUUGGUCUGACUCAGACUUGCUUGGCUUCCUGGAAGAAGUUGGUCGAUGCACAGGCACGGCAACGCAGCAAGGAGCACGGGCACGAGGCGGUCAAGCUGGCGCUUCAGAAGUGGGAGCGAGGCAAUGUUGCAGGUCUGUUGCAUGAGGUCAUCACUCAGUGGCAGCAGCUCUGUGAAAAGCAGCGGCAGCGAGCAAGCGAACACGAGUCCGUCCGGCUCGCCUUGCAAAAGUGGGAGCGUGGCAGUGUGGAGGGUCUUCUCCAUGAGGUGGUGGGCCAGUGGAGCAAGCUCUGCAGUGAGAAGCGAGCGAAAGGGCAUGCCAGGGAAGCUGUGGCACUGGCACUGCAGAAGUGGGAACGCGGAAACGUCGCCGGGUUGCUCCACGAAGUCGUGCAUGAGUGGCAGAAGCUCUUCGCCGGGCGUCGGCGAAAGGCGAAGCUGCUGGACAGCUACCUCAUAAGCAUGGAGGCACAAGCUGGAGUCGGGCUGCUUGGCAGCUUCUACGCGCUGUGGAAGCACCAAGCCCAGGCUGAAGGAAGGAAGCGUGCGAAACAGCACGGCCGCGAAGCUGUGACGCUGGCGUUGCAGAAGUGGGAACGCGGAAAUGUCGCCGGGUUGCUCCACGAAGUCGUGCAUGAGUGGCAGAAGCUCUUCGCCGGGCGUCGGCGAAAGGCGAAGCUGCUGGACAGCUACCUCAUAAGCAUGGAGGCACAAGCUGGAGUCGGGCUGCUUGGCAGCUUCUACGCGCUGUGGAAGCACCAAGUCCAGGUGGACAGGCGGCAGCGUGCCAAAGCGCAUGGCCGUGAAGCUGUGCACCUAGCUCUGCAAAAGUGGGAACGCGGAAACACGCGCGGCCUGCUGGCAGAGACAGUGGCGGAGUGGCAUCGUGUUUGGCAGCUGCACAAAGGAGAGGCUCGCCGCGAACGAUCUCACCAAGCAGUGCUGAUGAUGUUGCACAGAUGGCGCCGGCCCGGCCCGCAAGGAACUGCAGCCUGCGCCAUUUCUGUGUGGGCACGCCUCGCCGUGAAGCGGAGAGGACGGUCACGUGCUGCCGCAGCAAUGGAGCGUCAAGUUGCACGAUUCUUGCUUGGGCGGGCUGGGGCCAUGCUCCAAGCUGUGGUUUCUGAAUGGCAGCGCCUCUUGCAAGAGUCGAAGCAGCGGCUGAAGCACCAGCGGGCGCACGCCGCGGUCGAGGUAGCGUUAUCGCAGUGGGAGAAGGGAGAGACGAAGGGCCUGAUGGCCGUCGUCGUCAAAGACUGGCACAAGUACCAGGUCACGGCGUCAAACGGUCGCAUGAUCCGUGGGGCCGGAACGUUGGAGGAGAAGCUCCUCCUGGCGACCUUGAGAUUGUGCCUGCAGGGAUGGCGAGGCCACCUCGACAUCCAACAUGCUCGAACCAGCGCGAAGGAGCUUCGCGAGAGCCUGGACAUGCAGAGGCUGAACUUGGUCUUUGCGAUGUGGCGCCUCUGCAACCUGGAGGAGAAGAAAGAGCAGGCUUUCGGGCAAGUCGCCGAAAUAAGCGCUAUCGCCUUCGAGCUCCAGCAGGCCCAGACGUCCCUUCUGGAAGACAAGAUCCUGCUAGAAGGCAAAGUGGAGAAGGCCUUCGAGGCCCUCCAGAAAGAGCUUCAGACAAAGGAGGAGUUGGCAGCUGAGCUUCGGGAGGCAUACAGCAAGCAGGCACACCGUUCUGCGCUUCUUCCUGACUUGCCUGCCAACUUGACCUUGAGUCCGGGAGCCAUUGCGCACAAGUCCUCUUUCAGUCAACGAGCUGCAGCGGACAUUGCCGCUUCCAUUGCCUCGGCAAACUCCAACAGGCCGAGGUCGCGAGAAGGCACGCCGAGGGCUGACGCAGAAGGGCCAGGGAGAACAAAGGUUUCGCCCUUCUUGCCAGGUGUUUCGGGCAAAAACGGGACAUCGGCAAGUUCCGGUCUGCUUUCCGAGCUGGACUGGGAUAUGGCCUACCCGCGAAUCGAGGAGAUGAUGAAAAACAUGGCCGACGGAGAGACGCCAAAGGCUGCCAGUGCCCUUGCAAGCAAAGGCGAGACAGCAGAGCGCUUCGAGGCCUUGGGUCGCAGCACUGAGCAGGAGGACGGACUUCCUGGACGAGUAGUAGCGCAGCCUGUUCGGGCCAGCCCUCGUGGCAAGUCGCCAACCGCGAUGGCUGCCGAGAGGAGGCGCCGCAAAGCUGCCGAGCGUGCAGGAUUACUGGAUGAGGAGGAGGAGUGGGUCUGA